AUGGCGGACACGGCAGUCGCACUACCGUAUCUGUCCUCGCAAUAUGCCAUCCCAGAAGCUACCCUCUCCACCUUGACCCAAGCCCCAACCGCGGAAUUAGUCAACCAGCUCCUGCAAUCGAUCACAAAGAAGGCACACGAAUUUGAUGAGCUCAGAUCUGACAAGCUUCGCUUGGAGGUUGAGCUUGAAAAUGCCGUGCGCAGCACCGAGUCGAAAGUCAAGCUGCUGAAGACAUCGGUCGAGAAGGGCCAUGCCGACAUCGAGGAAUUGAGAAAAAAGCUUCAUGAAUCCGAAACUAUCCGCUCGGCCCUGGAGUCCGAAAUCUCCAACCUCAAAGCGUCUACCAUCUCGAACGAGGCCGAAGCCAACGCUUUCAAGUCUCGUAUCUCGACCCUGGAAUCCGAAAAACGCGAAAGUCUGGCAUUGCUCGAAUCCAAGACUGCGGCUCACGAUAAACUCGGCGAGGAGCUCUCAGCGCAGCACAAAAAGACAAUUGAGCUACGUCGUGAGCUUUCUACGGUAGAACAGAACCUGCAGGCUGCCAACUCCGCCGCUGCAAGUGCUCGAUUCCGUGAGCAGAAUCUGCAACAAGAGGUGGAACUGACUAAAAAGAACAAUGAGUGGUUCGAGACCGAGCUGAAGACCAAGGGCGCGGAGUACACAAAGUUCCGCAAGGAAAAGAGUGCAAGGAUUGCGGAGCUUCAACGCAACAACGAGGAGGCUGCCAUCACCAUCGACACUCUACGACGUAGCGAGAACGCUCUGAAGGCCCGACUGGACGAGACUGAGGAACGUUAUGAACAGUCUUUGGCUACUGUCAGCCAGCUUAAGGAGAGCGCCAUCCAGACCGAGGAGACCUUCCGAGUGGAGCUGGAGACUGCGAGCCGUCUGGCUAAGCUACAAGAGUCCGCUGCUCACUCUGCCAAGCAACGUGCACAGGAGUGCCAGCUUGCCCUCGAGAAUGCGAAGAACGAAGCCGCGGAGGAGAUUUCUCGCCUUCGCGUCGAAAUGGAGACCGAGCAUGCCGAUAAGGAGGCUGCAGAGACCCGUGUCUCUGAGCUCGAGGCGACAGUCGCCCAGCUCGAAUCGCAGGGUCCGGGGAACCGAUCCGCGAGCCCUGCUCGUUCUUUGAAUGGCGCAGGACCUACAACACCCCUUCGACCGGGCACUCCUGGCGGUACUUUCUCGCCACGUAUGUCGCGUACCAAAGGUAACUUGACCUUUACGCAGAUGUACACGGAGUACGAUAAAAUGCGGACUCAGCUCUCUGCAGAGCAAAAGACGAACCAGGAACUGAGGUCUACGCUCGAUGAAAUGCUCCAAGAGCUGGAAUCCACCAAACCAGAGAUUGAUGAUCUGCGCAGUGAUCAUAAACGCCUCGAGGACGCGGUCAUGGAUUUGUCUGGUCUCUUGGAAAGCUCUGCCAAGGAGCGCGAUGAUGCCAUCAAGGAAUCAAGAAAAUGGCAAGGCAAGGUUGAGGGCCUCACCCGUGAAGGCGAUAUUCUGCGCCAACAACUUCGGGACCUUAGUUCCGAAGUCAAAGUCCUGGUCAUGGAAGUGGCCAUUGCCAAACACGGCGAAGAGUAUGAUCGCGAGGUGCUUGAGAAGAUCGCGCGGAAGGAAAUCGAAGACUCCGCAGCAGAUCUUAGCCCAACUGGUCUUUUCAUUAGUCGCAACCUUGUCACGUUCAAGGACCUCCACGAAAUCCAAGAGCAAAACCUCACACUCCGGCGUAUGUUGCGUGAGCUCGGCGACAAGAUGGAAGGCGAGGAGGCUCGCGCCAAGGAUGCCAUUCGCCAACAGGAAGUUGAGGAAUUGAAGGAACUGAGGAUUCGUGUCCAGACUUACCGUGAUGAGAUUGCCAACCUGGUUGCGCAAUCAAAGAGCUACGUUAAGGAGCGGGAUACAUUCCGCAGCUUACUGACUCACCGGCGCCAGACUGUCGGGGGAGAGGCAGCUUUCUCCCAAUCUGUUCCUCCGGGUUCUGCACCACCCGGUGCAUUCGACAGCCAAAUGAAGGAAAACGCCGAUUAUGGCGACCUUCUCCGCAAGCUGCAAGCCCAUUAUGAUACGUUCCGCGAGGAGACGCUUGCAGACCACUCCUCUCUCCGCCAACAAGUCAACGAGCUCUCGAGAAAGAACAGUGAGUUGAUGAGCGAGAUCAGCCGAUCGAAUAGCCAGCUCGCUGCCGCGACGCAACGUGCAGAACUCCUCCAAAGCAAUUUCGAUAUGCUCAAGAACGAGAAUGGCGGGCUUCAGACUCGUUAUUCCACUCUGCUCGAGAGCUCUAGCAAGCAUGAACUCCGCACACAGCAAGCUGCAGAGGAUCUCGUUGAGGCGAAGGGUCUCGUUGAGAGUCUCCAGCGGGAGAAUUCUAACCUCAAGGCCGAGAAGGACUUGUGGAAGAAUAUCGAGAAGCGUCUGGUUGAUGAUAUUGAGAGUCUACGCAACGAGCGUGGUCGCCUUGACUCGUUAAAUGCCAACCUGCAAACAAUUCUCAACGAGCGGGAUCAUACAGAGUCCGACAGCCGCCGCCGGCUUCAAUCUGCGGUGGAAACACUGGAGUCUGAGCUCCAGUCGACAAAGCGGAAGCUGAAUGACGAGACUGAGAGUGCCAAGCAAGCCGCAUUACGUCGAGACUAUGAACAGGAACAGAAUCAAAAGCGGAUUAAUGACUUGGUAACCAGUUUGGGCACAGUCCGCGAGGAAUUAGUCGCAACAAAGACCACUCGGGAUCACCUUCAAUCACGUGUCGACGAGCUCACCGUUGAGUUGAAGAGUGCAGAGGAGCGCCUGCAGGUUGUUCAAUCGCGGCCAAGCGUUCCAGCUGUGCCUACCGAUCGUUCCACCAUCGCCGAAGCAGCCGUAGACGGCAACGGGUUGACUCGUGAACAGGAGCUGCUCAUGGAAGUUUCAGAGCUCAAGCGUGAUCUUGAUCUCGCGAAGGGCGAGCUUGCUCACGCCAAAGAGCAGGUGGAAGAAUACCGGGCGAUCAGCCAGUCGACUGAGGAGCGGAUGGAGGCUGAGGCUGAUACCAACGCCCAAUACCGCGAAGAGACUGACCGCCUGAUCGAAGAGAAGGACAAGAAGAUCCAGGACCUCGAGAGCCGGGUUGAAGAGAUUUCUACCGAGCUUUCUACUACCACUACUGAAAUCUCGAAGCUUCGUGAUGAACAGGGCGAAGCAACCCGUCACCUCGAAGACCAGAAGGCUUAUUUGGAGUCGGAAGUUACUCGUAUCAAGGACGAGAACGACCGACAUGUCGCGGCGGCAAAGUGCCAUCAGGACGAUCUGAAGGCACAAGCUGAAAUCUCGCAGAACCUCCAGAAGAACUACGAGGCUGAGCUGAUCAAGCACGCUGAGGCUGCGAAGAACGUCCAAGCCGUUAGGGCUGAAGCCAACCAGUUGAAGCUCGACAUGGCUGAGCUUCGUACACAGGCCGAGACGUACAAAAAGGAUCUGGUGCAGAAGGAAGAGAGCUGGGCGGAACAGAGAGCCCGGUACGAAGGCGAACUCGCCGAAGUCCAGAAGCGCCGGGAGGAGAUCAACCAUCAAAACUCCGUUCUCCACACCCAGCUGGAGAAUAUCACUGGUCAGAUUGCUGCCCUCCAGCGCGACCGAGCAGGUGUGCCCGAAAGCGAUGAACAAGAAGGUGAUCAGGCCGCUCCCGACCUGGAGGGACUUCAAGAGGUUAUCAAAUACCUUCGACGUGAGAAAGAGAUUGUGGAGGUUCAACACCACCUUUCGACUCAAGAAGCCAAACGGCUGCGCCAGCAAUUCGACUACACUCAAUCCCAGCUGGACGAAACUCGCCUCAAACUUGAGCAGCAACGUCGUGCUGCAGCAGACAAUGAGCACAAUGCCCUGAGUCAUAAUAAACUCAUGGAAACGCUCAACGAGUUGAAUGUGUUCCGUGAGAGCAGUGUAACUCUCCGGAACCAGGUCAAGGACAGCGAAGCGGCCCUUGCUGAAAAGGCCGCUCGUGUCGACGAGUUGACGCAGCAAAUCCAGCCUCUGGAGACUAAGAUCCGUGAGCUGGAGGGCAUUGUCGAGGCCAAAGAUGGCGAGUUGCAGCUGUUGCAAGCUGACCGGGAUCAUUACCAGAAGCGCGUGCAGAACAUUCUGCAAAAAUAUGAUCGCGUUGAUCCACAGGAAAUGGAGGCGUUGAAUGAGAAACUGGCGACUUUGGAGAAAGAGCGCGAUGCGGCUAUCACUGCGCGCGAUGAGGCCAUCUCUGCGCACGACACUCUUCAAGCUGAGGCCGCAGAAAAGAUCCAGGCCGCGGAGCAAGCCGGGGAAACUCGCAUCACCGAUCUUCGUCAAAAGCUCACGGAACAGUUCAAGGCCCGAUCCAGGGACCUGUCCAUGAAGAUAAACACCCACAAACAAGAGAAGGAUGUGUUGCAAGUCGAGCUAGACCGCACGAAGGCUGAGCUUGAAGCGGUCAAGGCCAAGGUCCCUGAAACGUCUUCUGCAUCGACGACCACAUCAGCUGCCUCUGCCGCCGAUGAGGCUGCUCCUGUGAACGCGACGCCCGCGUCCCAGUUCCCCACGGCUACCACCACCGUGGUAUCAUCUGGCGACGAGCAGAAGAUCAAGGAGCUGGAAGCCAAGAUUGAGCGCCUGGAAGCCGCUCUUGCCGAGAAGGACGCUGUUAUCGCUGCCAAAGAUGCGGAGAUGGACGCACGAGUCAAGGAGCGUGCCGACAAGCUCAAGGACUCAUUUAACAGCAAACUGGCUGAGAUCAAGGCAAGCCACCGCCAAGAACUCGAAAAGCUCUCCUCCGGGGAGGUUCCCGUCCCCGCCACCCCCGUUGCAGGCGCUGAACAGACGCCUUCCACACCAUCCAGGACUCUUCCUGGUCUACCCGAUCUUACUGACCAGCAAGCUCGCGACCUGGUUCAGAAGCAUGAAACGAUUCGUACGAUCGUGCGAAAUAAUAUCCGCACGAAGGUUGCUCAGGCCGAGGAGAAGGCCAAGGAGGAAGCCCAGAAGGCUUCAAAGGCCCAUGAAGAGGCCGUGGCCGCAUUAAAAAAAUCGCAAGAGGAGGAAACGACCGAAAAGGUCAGGGCUGCCGUUCAGCUAUCGGACAAGAAGACUGCCGCGCGAAUUAGCAUGCUUGACACGCGCCUGAAGCAAUCGAUGGCUAAGAUUGAAGUCGUGUCCAAGGCUGCCGAUGAAACUCCGCAGAAGCCAGUGAUUGAAGUUUGGGAGAUUGCGAAAUCAGCGCGACCUCCAGCUCCAGCCCCGAAACCUCCAGCGGGUGCAUCUCCGGUGCCCGUUGCCUCUCCUGCGCAGCCCAGCCCUGCAACUCCUGUGGUGUCCACCCCUGGCCCAGUCUCUGCUGCCCAGCAAGCUGCCAUACCCGUACCUGAGCCCGAGGCUUCUGUGCCACAACAGAGUGAGCCCGGAGAAGCGAACGUUGAGGCUGCUCCGUCUACCCCAAAUCCAUUCGGGCAAGUACAACCGAGUCCUCAACAGCAACAGCAGCCGCAGCAGCCUACUUCACUACCCUCGAAACCUCCAUCAGGCACUGCUCCCGGCAUGCUGCGCGCCCUCCAGUCUGGCCUCCCCGUUGCUCGUGGAGGUCGCGGUAGCCGCGGUGGCGGCCAACAGAAUCCUUUCGGUCACCCUCAACCGCAACAGGCUGACCCGCAACAAGUCCAAGGACAGAUGCCGAGCCAGCGCGGUACGGGUCUUCCCCGUGGCCGAGGUGGUCGUGGUGGCCAAGGGCGCGGCCAAACAGCUGGCGGUGCCCAGACCCAAAAUCAAGGCCCGGGUAGCCCUGCGGCCAAUCGUGGUGCGCUAAAUGUGCAGGCCCGUCAGUUCAUUCCACAAGGCAACAAGCGGUCGCGCGAGGAUGGAACUGAUGCAACCAAUGAAGGCGCAAGUGGUGGAAAGCGCAUGAGGGGAGGUGGUGGACAAGCUCGCGGCGGCGGUUCAUCUUAA